UACUAGCAUUAUAAUAAGGCCGCUUGUAUGCAAGGCAAGCAAAAAUUGCAAUAGGUUAUUGUUGCCAGCAGCAGUCAGCAGACUGCGACAGUGUGCAGUUUUCGUUUGAAAACUGCUGGCCAAACGAGUGCCUAUAUAAUCUUUGAUCUCUGCUUUGAUUUCUAAAGAAAUUGAAUCAAAACAGAGGGGGAUAGCAACAAGUCCGAAUCUCGACUUGUACAUACAUAUCUGAUAGUAUUGAAAUCGUAAACAUAGAAGCUUUGCUAUUCUGCUCGCGAGUUCCCAAAGGAAAUUAAAAUUCAUCUGGCGUUGAGUCGCGCGUAUACUUCUCACUAGUGCACACACAGCAUCUCCUAGACUCAACCAAAUGUUAUCUGACAACACAGUUCCAUUUUCAAAACUCGAUGGGAAAGCCCAGGAGCUGCUGAUGGCCGCGAGCGCGGGCCGCAAACAAGCCUACGUGCCGUACUCGAGAUUCGCGGUCGGAGCCGCCCUGCGCUGCCGGGACGAGGCGCAGACGAUAGUCGCCGGCUGCAACGUCGAGAGCUGCUCGUAUCCGGUGUCGAUCUGCGCCGAGCGGACGGCCCUCACCAAGGCCGUGAGCGAGGGCAAGCGACACUUCUCGGGCCUGGGCGUCGUCGCCGAGCGGGUCGAGGGUCGCCUCACCAGUCCCUGCGGCAUGUGUCGCCAGAUGGUCCUCGAGUUCGCCCAAGAUUGCCCGGUCUACAUAAGCUCGCCCGAGCUCGAUCAAGUGCUCGUCACGACGACCAGCCAACUUCUUCCUCAUGCCUUUGCACCUCCGAAAUCCUCCCUCGUGCUGACCGCUUGUCGAUCCACGACCGACGACUGCCAGCAAUGACGCCUCGAUUCACCGUUCGACGCGUGCUGUAUACGCCUUCUUCGCGGCUCCGAAAAUUGCAUUUUUCAUCCGUCGCCUUAAUUACUUUCUGUUUUUGUUUAUUUAUAUAAUUCUUUAACGUUAUCAGUUGUUUUCUAUUCGCAAAUAAACUGUCAAAAACACAUUAUUAUGUCGAA